AUGUCUGGUAACUUCAGAGCCAGACGCCCUGCUUCACCACCGCCUGGGGUGGUGUACUCAUCAAAUACCUCGCAGAGGUUUCCACAUCCGCGGGAUGAGCAUCUGGAUGCAGACGCGCGACGAGCUGCGGCGUCCAAGGGGUAUGCGCCAGGGCGGAAGAACUAUCCUACAGGAGGUCUAAACAUCACGUCGGGCGAGUGGAAGCUGCUUUUUGUAAUUGUGAUAGUAGCAUGCGCGGUACGGUUGUUUAGGCUGUCGAAGCCUAAUAGUGUUGUGUUCGACGAAGUGCAUUUCGGGAAAUUCGCAUCGAGAUACAUCAAGACACGCUACUUUGUCGACGUACACCCCCCUCUUGCUAAACUACUAAUCACCCUCGCUGCAUUCGUGUUUGGAUAUAACGGAGACUUUGACUUUAAAGAUAUUGGAAAAAUCUAUGAACAUGUACCAUACGUAGCCAUGCGAAUGGUGCCCGCAACCCUGGGUGUUGCGACGGUACCACUGGCCUAUCUUACUCUGCGCGCGCUAGACUGCCGCGCCACAACCGCUCUUUUAGCUUCUAUCUUCAUUACCUUCGAAAAUGGCAUGGUCACACAGUCCCGGCAUAUUCUGCUCGACUCGCCACUCAUCUUCUUCACUGCACUCACCAUUUUCUUCUGGUGCGGGUUCUGUAACGAGGACAAACAUGCUGAACCCUUUUCCCCAUCAUGGUGGACGUGGCUUACGUUGACGGGUCUGGCCCUCGGCGCUGUGGUUAGCAGCAAGUGGGUAGGCCUGUUUACGAUUGCUACUGUCGGUGUGAGCACAAUGUUCCAGCUGUGGAACCUACUUGGUGACCUGCGCGUUCCUCCCCGCCUCUUCAUGCGCCACUUCAUCGCACGGGCCGUCUGCCUGAUCCUCGUACCUAUUGUGUUCUACAUGGCCAUGUUCCAAAUUCACUUCCUCAUUCUCGAAAAUUCUGGAGAGGGUGAUGGUUUCAUGAGCUCUGAAUUCCAGCAUACACUUGGAGGACGCGGGAUGGCUGACACGUUUGCGGAUGUCGCGUUCGGCUCUACUGUGACGAUCCGCCACGUAAAUACACAAGGUGGAUAUCUGCACUCGCACCCCCACAACUACCCUGGCGGUAGUAAACAGCAACAAAUCACUCUUUACCCUCACCGAGAUUCGAACAACGACUGGCGUCUCUUGAAUGCAACUAUCGAUGGAGACAAGGAAUUUGAUUGGCAAUCUUCGCCACUCGAAUACAUCACCCCAGGGACACGCAUCAAGCUGCGUCACCUUGCCACUGAAAAGCACCUGCACUCGCACGACAUCCGCCCUCCCGUCUCCGACGUCGACUUCCAGAAUGAGGUCUCAGCAUACGGCAUGCCUGGCUUUGUCGGCGAUGCCAACGAUGACUGGUAUGUGGAAAUCGAUCACGGUGAUAAGCGCGACAAGGAGUCGUACAAGCGUCUGAGGACGCUCAGGACGACAUUCAGACUGAGGCACGCGCUCACGGGUUGUUACCUCUUCUCUCACAAGGUUAAACUACCAGAAUGGGGCUUUGAGCAGCAAGAGGUCACUUGUAACAAGAAUGCUGUUCGCGCAAAUUCGCUGUGGUUCAUUGAGACCGCUACUCAUCCUCUUUUGCCUUCCACGGCCACUAAAGUGAACUAUCAACUGCCUGGGUUCUUUGCCAAAUUCUGGGAGCUUCAACAAGUCAUGUGGACCACAAACGCUGGAUUGACCGACCGCCACACAUAUGACUCCCGACCUGAAUCAUGGCCAACUUUGCGCCGCGGUAUUAAUUUCUGGGUCAAGGACCAUCGACAAAUCUACUUGAUCGGAAACCCAAUGGUCUGGUAUUUAAGUACCCUCUCUAUCGCUGCCUACGUUGCGAUCCGCGGUAUCCUUAUCCUUCGCGCUAAGCGAGGAUUCAGGGACUUUGACAAUACCAAAGUUGUCAAGUAUGACACCCUCUGCGGCUUCCUGUUCGUGGGGUGGGGUCUUCACUACUUCCCCUUCUUCCUAAUGGGCCGUCAGCUCUUCUUGCACCAUUACUUCCCUGCCCUCUACUUCGCUAUCUUGCUUUCAUGCAGUGUUUUCGAUCUCGUGACGUCGACGCUUAGGCCACGCGUGCGCUUGCAAAUCGCGGCAGUUCUGAUGGUCUUGGCGAUCUGGAAUUUCCAGCAUAUGAGCCCCCUGGCGUACGGAAGUCCCUGGACGAAGGAGAAGUGCAAGCAGGCGAAAUGGUUAAAGACCUGGGACUUUGCUUGCAAUGACUUCUAUGAUAACUACUCUCAAUAUGAAUCCUUUGGUGUAGCUACGCCGCAGAAGUCUGUCACUCCAGCGUUCACAACUAUCGACGGAGAUGGUCGCGGUCCCGUCGUCGUUCCCAACCCACAAAAUCCCGGACACCCUCCGCCUAACCCCGAGACAUCGGUCAUUGCCGACAAGCCUGAGCCUGGUCGCGACAUUUUUGCGGGCGAGCCCGUCAAGGACGUCAAGAGUGAUGGCGUGUACGUUGCUGCCCACCACCAACCAGAACAGAAAAUCGCAAAGGAGAUUAGCUCUGUCAGGAUCACAACUACUGCUGAGGCGAAGGCUGAUUCGGAUUCGUCCUCUCAUGAAGCCGCCGCUGGUGCCGCUGCCCCAGAACCCGUUCUAGACGCAGAGGCCGAGGCGAAGAAAGCUGCUGCUGAGCUCUUUCCUGAAGCAGCAUAA